AUGGCUUUGCUGUGUGGCCCUGGGAGCGGCGGCAUGGAAGCUCUCACCACUCAGCUGGGGCCGGGACGCGAGGGCAGUCCCUCGCCCAACUCCAAGCAGGAGCUGCAGCCGUACUCGGGUUCCAGCGCUCUCAAACCCAACCAGGUGGGCGAAACGUCGCUGUAUGGGGUGCCUAUCGUGUCCCUGGUCAUCGACGGCCAGGAGCGCCUGUGCCUGGCGCAGAUCUCCAACACCCUCCUCAAGAACUACAGCUACAAUGAGAUCCACAACCGCCGCGUGGCCCUGGGCAUCACGUGCGUGCAGUGCACGCCGGUGCAGCUGGAGAUUCUGCGUCGGGCUGGGGCCAUGCCCAUCUCCUCGCGCCGCUGCGGCAUGAUCACGAAGCGCGAGGCCGAACGCCUGUGCAAGUCGUUCUUGGGAGAGCACAAGCCGCCCAAGCUGCCCGAGAACUUCGCCUUCGAUGUGGUGCACGAGUGCGCGUGGGGCUCGCGUGGCAGCUUCAUCCCCGCGCGCUACAACAGCUCGCGCGCCAAGUGCAUCAAGUGCGGCUACUGCAGCAUGUACUUCUCGCCCAACAAGUUCAUCUUCCACUCGCACCGCACGCCCGACGCCAAGUACACGCAGCCCGACGCCGCCAACUUCAACUCGUGGCGCCGUCACCUCAAACUCAGUGACAAGUCGGCCACUGACGAACUGAGCCACGCUUGGGAGGACGUCAAGGCCAUGUUCAAUGGCGGCACACGCAAGCGGACCUUCUCGCUGCAAGGAGGCGGUGGAGGCGGCGCGAACGGCGGGUCGGGUGGGCAGGGAAAGGGUGGUGCUGGCGGCGGUGGCGGUGGCGGCGCGGGGUGCGGCGCGGAGAUGGCCCCAGGCCCGCCGCCCCACAAAAGCCUGCGCUGCGGCGAAGAUGAAGCUGCGGGGCCUCCAGGGCCACCUCCUCCUCACCCUCAGCGCGGACUUGGCCUGGCGGCGGGAGCUACUGGCCCGGCUGGCCCUGGAGGGCCUGGUGGCGGCGCCGGUGUUCGCAGCUACCCGGUGAUCCCGGUGCCUAGCAAAGGCUUUGGCCUCUUACAAAAGCUGCCCCCGCCGCUUUUCCCGCAUCCUUACGGUUUCCCCACGGCCUUCGGCCUGUGCCCCAAAAAGGACGACCCGGUGUUGGGUGCGGGUGAGCCUAAGGGCGGCCCCGGCACUGCCGCCAAGCGCACCGUCUUCUCUCGCCUGCCGCAGGUGUACGCGCCCGAGAGGGACGAGCACGUGAAGAGCGCGGCGGCGCUGGGGCCCACGGCCUCCUACCUCUGCACCCCCGAGGCCCACGAGCCAGAUAAGGAAGACAAUCACUCGACCGCCGAUGAUUUGGAAACGAGGAAGUCCUAUCCAGACCAAAGGGGUAUCUCCCAGCCAAGUCCCGCAAACACAGACCGAGGUGAAGAUGUGCUAACCCUGGACGUCACAGGAACUCAGCUGGUGGAGAAAGAUAUUGAGAACCUGGCCAGAGAUGAGUUACAGAAGCUACUCCUGGAGCAAAUGGAGCUCCGCAAAAAGCUGGAGCGGGAGUUUCAGAGUCUCAAAGAUAAUUUUCAGGAUCAAAUGAAGAGGGAAUUGGCUUAUCGAGAAGAAAUGGUGCAACAGCUGCAAAUUGUCAGAGAUACCCUGUGUAACGAACUCGACCAGGAGCGGAAGGCUCGCUAUGCCAUCCAGCAGAAAUUGAAAGAAGCCCACGAUGCCUUGCACCACUUCUCCUGCAAGAUGCUGACGCCCCGCCACUGCACUGGCAACUGCUCCUUCAAGCCCCCGCUGUUGCCCUAGGGGGGCCCCGCCCGCGCCCUCAAGUCAUGCUGCUCCUUCCUGUAAAUGCCCGCUGCCCCGGCGGCCCCGAGCGAGGAACAAGCCAUUCGGACCCGACCGAUGUAAAUACAGCCGCCCGUCCGCCUGCCCUCCUCCCGGGCACCCAGGCCUUGCCCGUCCCCACCGGGCGUCCCAGUCUAGGGCCCCGACUCGUUUUCCAAGUGUAAAUACCGUCUAGUCCCUCGGUUGAACUCGAGGGCACCGGACCUCAAGGGGUUAACUGGACCUACGAAGAGGAAAAGGGGAGCCGGGCCUCUCCUCCCCUCCCGGUGUGCAGCCUCGGACUGGUUUGCGAAUUCGAUGGAGCGACUUCGCUGGCCCCACUCCCCUUCCCGUCCACUUGAGAAACUUGUUCCUAUGACAAAGUGGCUAUGUGCAAUGGGUAUAGACGUGCUGUGAGUCUCGGCUCAGUAUUAGGUUCACUUUCAUUUACUCACGCUGCAAGUUACUUUGCUUCUUCCGUCUCUUGGACCUCCUUCCAGUCCCGUUUUGCACUCCCUUUUGGAAUUUGCUUUGUCCCUUUUUUGUUGUAACCUCUUGAUGUAACAGCACUUUAAAAGGGCGACUACUGACUCACGAGAUGGCGACCACCUUGAGCCUGUUUGGGGAGA